AUGACUGAAGUCCUCGGUUACAGCGCCCCUGACAUCCACUCAAAACCUGUCUUCUCACAGGAAAAGUCCGUGGUCCAACAAGAUGAGAAGCUCUCGCUGCAUGGGAACGGCGGUAUCCUCGACGAUGUCAGGCUACUCCAACCCGUUUACCCCGACACUCCCAUCGAGGAGAUUCAACAGAGAUACUGGCAAGACGGUGUCGUCUGGGUCAAGGGCCUCCUCAACCCAGACAUGGUCAACCAAAUGCGCUCAGACUACCUCACCUUCGUCGACAACGGCACCGGCAUGCUGAAGCCCGGCACCGACCCCGCAGACGGCAUCUUCUCCGGCCUCGACUGGCGCGAGUUCCUCCUGCCCGGCGCCGUCCGCGUCGCCUGCGGCCUCAAGGACGAAGGCCCCUUUGUCGACAACGCCAUCGCCAGCCACAGCGCCGCCUUCUACCAAGAUUUCAAGGACAAAGUCGGCCGCGAGCUCGAGCCCUUCGUCGGCAAGCUCGCCGGCUUCGAGGAGUCCUGGUGUCUCCCGCGGUCUUUGCUGCGGUGCGCCGUGCCGGGGGGCGAGACGACGCCCGUGCAUUACGACCAGGUCUUCCUGCGGGCGGGGCCGCCGACGAGCGUGACGGCGUGGGUGCCCAUCGGCGACGUGGAGCUGGAGGGCGGCGGGCUGAUCUACCUGGACCGCUCGGCUGAGAUUGGGAAGAAGUAUGAGCAGGACUUUUCGAGGGUGAAUGCGGAGCUGCCCGACCCGGACAGGAUCUCCGCGUUUAACAGGAACAUGGAGAAGGGCGGGUGGCUGGAUAGGAAUGCGAAGAAGUUUGGGGAGCACUGGGCCCGCGGCUGGCUUGUGGGAGCGUACGAGGCUGGGGAUGUGGUGUUUCAUACCCCGUACGCCGUCCAUGCUGGGGCGAUGAACCAGUCGCCAAAGGGCCGCAUUCGCGUGUCAACGGACUUGCGGUUCGUGGAUAAGACAAAGCCGUAUGAUGAGCGGUGGACUUACAUCGCGUACUCCGAGAACGAUCCCAAUGUUGCAAGCAGGCAGCCAAAGAAGUCUGAAUGA